UCCAGCUGUUACUGAACACACCUGGAUCAAAUAAGAAAGGUUUUUGCCUUUAAAAAAAAUAUCCAGGUAUGUGGGAGUAUGGCUGAACUUGGAACCUGCUUUACAGACUUGCAGAUAAACCUGUUUUGCACACGUCACUCAAACACAGAACUAGGAAUCACAUGAGUUCAAGGAAAGAGAAACUGAAGUGUAGUUGAGCUGUUGCGUGCUUGUGUCUCUGUAUUCAUGCAUUAAAAUGGCAGAAGCCAGAAUUUCAGUGUAUCAGAAUGAGUUCAUGUGUCCAGUGUGUCUGGAUCUCCUGAAGGAUCCAGUGACCACUUCCUGCGGACACAGUUACUGUAAGAGCUGUAUUACAGGCUUCUGGGAUCAGGAGGAUCAGAAGAGAGUCUACAGCUGCCCUCAGUGCAGACAGACCUUCUGUCCAAGACCUGCUUUAGCUAAAAACACCAUGCUGGCUGAAGUGGUGGAGAAACUGAAGAAGACUAAACUUCCUGCUGACUGUUAUGCUGGAGCUCGAGAUGUGCAGUGUGACGUCUGUACUGAAAGAAAACACAAAGCCAUCAAGUCAUGUCUGGUGUGUCUGGAGUCUUACUGCCAAACUCAUUUUGACCGUCAUGAGGAAUUUCACUCACAUAAGCCACAUAAAGUGACUGAAGCCACUGGACGACUGCUGGAGAUGAUCUGCCGUCAACAUAAUAAAGUCCUUGAGGUUUUCUGUCACACUGAUCAGAAGUUGAUAUGUCUGCUGUGUACGAUGGAUGAACAUAAAAACCAUGACACUGUAUCAGCUGCAGCACAGAGAACAGAGAAACAGGAGCAGCUGAAGGAGACGCAGAAGUCGUUCCAGCAGAGGAUCCAGCAGAGAGAGAAAGAUCUUCAGCAGCUGAGAGAGGCUGUGGAGUCUCAUAAGCUCUCUGCACAGACAGCAGUGGAGGACAGUGAGAGGAUCUUCACUGAGCUCAUCCGCUCCAUUGAGAGAAGCCGCUCUGAGGCCACACAGCGGAUCAGAGAUCAGGAAAAGACUGCAGUGAGUCGAGCUGAAGGACAACUGGAGCGACUGGAGCAGGAGAUCAAUGAUCUGAGGAGGAGAGACGCUGAGCUGGAGCAACUUUUACACACACAGGAUCAUAUCCAUUUUCUGCAGAGUUUCCAGUCCCUCUCAGCUCCUCCUGAAUCUACAGACGUAAAUGAUAAUCCCUUCAGUUCUCUCUCCUCUUUUGAUGACGUGAGAGAAUCUGUCAGUCAGCUGAGAGACAAACUGGAGGAUUUCUUCAAAGAGGAGCUCAGGAAGAUCUCAGACAGAGGCACUUUCACUAACUUUGUUCCCAGGACCAGGAACGACUUCCUACAAUAUUCUCAUCAGCUCACUCUGGAUCCGAACACAUUGAAUAAACGCCUCCGUCUCUCUGAGAAUAACACAGUGUUUACAUUCACUGAAACAGAGCAGGCGUAUCCUGAUCAUCCAGACAGAUUUGAUGUGUUUCAGGUGUUGUGUAGAGAGUGUGUGUGUGGACGCUGUUACUGGGAGAUUGAGUGGAGUGGGAUUGAUGAUGUGCGUAUAGCAGUGUCAUAUAAGAGCAUCAGCAGGAAGGGAAAGGGUAAUGAGUGUUUGUUUGGAUAUAAUGAUCAGUCCUGGAGUUUGUACUGCUCUAAAUUCAGUUGCUCAUUCAGACACAAUAACAUAAAGACUGAUCUCCCUGUAGAGUUUAUCAGCAGUAGAAUAGGAGUGUAUGUGGAUCACAGUGCAGGAACUCUGUCCUUCUACAGUGUCAACAUAGACACAAUGAUCCUCAUCCACACAGUCCAGACCACAUUCACUCAACCGCUCUAUCCUGGGUUUAGGGUUGGUUCGAGACCAUAUAGUCUUUAUUAUGACUCAUCAGUGAAACUGUGUUGAUGAAUCAGAAUAGACUGUAGAGACAUUCUAACCAUAAUACUUUGAGCUGCAUGAUAAAUCAGUGACUUAUCCACCUUAUUCCUAUGCCUCAUGACGCUUUGCGCUAAUUAUGGGUGUAACUUCCGUUAAGCUGCAAACAGUGAAAGGCUCGCUCUAUGAAACACAAUAAUGUUUUUUUUUUUACAACUGGUACAAUGAGAUGACAUUUUUCUACUCACCCUUCAACCAUCGAACAUUAAAAGGACAUUUAAAAGUGUAAAAGCAUCAGUACUUUCAACAGACGAUAAAUAUUCCCCAGCAAUAACGGACGGGUUAAAUAUCACUGUAGUAAUACAUAUCUGUAUAAUGUAACAUAUAUUGCCUUAAUUAAAAAUGUUCAUUAACUUCAGCAUUGCGUGAUAUUAUUUCAAAUUGAUUUCUGUCAUUUUGACAGAUAAUAAAUUGUAUUUACAAGUGAAAACAAACCUGGAAGAGACGUGAGGCUUUGAGGAGAAAAACGAGAGAUUAUUCGUUCAUUCCAGUGAAUUAUUAAUGGGAUAUAUCGUAAAUUAAAUUGAGAGAACAGACCACAAAUGUGCAGUAUAUGUUGUCCUUUUUCAUACUAUUAUAGCGAAAUGCAAAGGGAAAAAAGAAAAUAAGGAAAAGAAUGCAGCUCUUGCCAUAGAUAUUCUCGUAAUAACGUGUCACGUUCAAAUACCAAGCUUUACAUUAUUCUCAUGAUGUCUGAAAAUAAAACAUGAAGGAACAAUGACAGCUCAUUCAGUCAAACUGACAGAUAAGCUGUAUUUGUAUCGCAACCUUACGCUAUAAAAAAAAUCCCAGUAAAAUUUACGGUAAAAAGCCAGCAGCUGUGGUUGCCAGAACUUUACCGUAAAAAAAUACAGUAGCAACGUAAAAAAAAUCUG